UCUGCUGGGCUCCUGCAUGGUUCCCGCUUGGCCACCUGCUCAGAGAGACGUUCCUGGGCUGCCCUCACCCCGCACCACCCUGCUGCCACCUCUACUGCCCUGGCUUCUGCAGCACCGGCAGCCCCUGCAGCUGACUUGUCCUGCGGAGCCCCCUUGCUGCCUGUGACUCCCUCUCAGGGACAUCCCUCCCCCUCCCCCCCCACCCCCAGUGUCUGGAACUGCACCGGCUCCCAGAGGGCGCUCAGGAGGGCGGGAAGGCAGGGAGGAGGGAGGAGGGACGGGCCCCUCUGCCCUGACUCUGGCUGCAGAGCCCUGGGUCGGAGGCAUCUGCCAGUCCCUUGUGAAGCCGUGGGUUGGGACCCUAGGACCUUCUUGGAAUUCUCAGGGGAAAGAAGGGGCUGGUCCCACGAGGCUGGGAGUGGGACCAGCAUCCGGAAGUUUGGUUUUGGGGGCAGCUGUAGACAGAGGACGUCUUGCUGAGCCUCUGUGGGUAGAAGGGAGCGGGCAGGGGCUGCCAGGCCUUCUGCCCAGCGUGCGUGGGUGACAGCCUGGCCCGGCACCUGGAGAGUCCCCCGACCGCCCAAGCCCCGAGUCGGGCCUGUGGGGACCCAGGGGAAGGAAGAAGAGGGGUCUCACCUGUGGGCUCUCCAAACCUAGCACCCUCCAGCGUCCUGGUGCCACCUGGGGUUGCGGAGAGGGCAUCCUGGGGCGUCUCUUGGGGCACUGCCAGCCAAGGGCACCCUUCCACGGCCUGGGCUGGGGGUUUAGGGGGCUGGGGCUGCUUCUGUCCUGUCCUCCUUACCCACCCCCCCCUGCCUGGUAUGGGUGGGGGGUGGCAAGGGAUGAGGGCACCUUCCUGGAGAGGCUCCUGGGGGGCUCCAGGGGUGCGGCUGCCUGCGUCCCAGUGGCAGUGCCAGCAGCACGGGGGCUGCACCAGCUGCUCGCCAGCCUUCAGCAUGGGGCCCACCGCCUGCGGAGCCCUCCCCCCACUAUUACACCAACAGUCUGUUGUGUCUGCAACAGAAAUCCCCCGUGGGGCGUCACAGGGCUCCCCCAGUCAGGGACACGGGGGCUGGGUGGUCAGGCGUGGCCUGUGCCCUGGGGGCACACGAGGGCUUGCGUCUGGGCAGGAGUGUACAGCUGGCUCAGGCCCACUGCUGGGACCCACGGACCCCGGCCUCCCCUCCACCAGGCAUCCGGUAAGCAGCCCCUCCUCUGGUGGCGAUCAGGCCAUGGAUGGACGGCAUUACCAGACAGUAUUAGACAGAAGGACCAGAUCUAACCGUGUCUGGUGGUGGGUCACCUUUGAACAUCGUUACCAGACAGUGUUAGAGUCGAGCCGAGAAAUCCAGCACUGUCCAGUAAGAUGCCCACAGAGGCCCCGGUACGCCUCGGCCCGAGGACGCGGGACAGACGUGAGCGCCCCACAGCCCGCAGGUGGCACGCAGGCCUGGAGAGCUGGCCAGAGCAGCUUCUCAAGUUUUCCGGCAACUUCCACCCACAGAGGCUGCAGGGGGAGGGCCUGGGCCCUGUGCUGAUCCCCCCCACCCGAGGCUGCCAGACUGACCACAACAAAGACUGCGUCCACCCAGCCCCGGGCCUCAGCCAGGUCCACCCGGUUCUCUGGCUUCAUGCUCGGGAACAGGCGACAUUUCUCACAGGGCCUGACCUGACUUAGGCCUGGCCUUGGGGGACACACACGGGGAGUGGGCUUCAUAGGUGCCCGGACCCUCCAGGCGUCCACGUCCAGGCUCAGAGAGUGGUGCCCAUGGCCGGGAUCCAGGCCUUUGCCCCUCCGGCCCCUCCUGGCUCAACCUUGCCUUUCAGUGUCCAUCCUUCAGACCCGUAAAGUCAAUUCACUUUUUUCUGAGCUAAGUGAAACCAUUUAGACUUCACUUUCAGAGCUGAGUUCAAUUUCAGCUCCACUCCUGGCUGCCAGGCUACAGGGUUGGGACAGGGGCCCAGCAUCCCUCCUUGCAGACAGCCCACCGUGCCAGGUGGCCUCCCCUGCCUGGCCUCCAGCGCCCUCGGCUGCUCACGGCCAGCCCCACUUGGGGAGCACCGAGGGCCCGGGAGACCCCACAGGCCCCGGCCAGCCUGGCUGCAAGCCAGAUGGAUAGGCCAGUCCCGCUCUCCGCUGCCCACCAGCGUAUCGGCUGCUAUGUUCUCCCCUAGGAGGCAGAGACCGGGGGCUGGUGGGCAGCAGAGUGCUCCUUCUUAAGCCCCAGGACAGAAUCCCACUCUCCUCCUGAACCCAGAACCCGUAAAUACACAAGGAAAGACCACGGCCCAGCCUGGGCCCCAGCACAGCUCACGUGUGGGUCAAGGGCCUGGACUGCCGUGUGCCUGGCUUGGGGCAGUCAGGCGAGUCUUACUGGCUGAAAUGAAAAGUGAAAAUAAACGUAGCCUGUUUGUGAGUGCCCCCAACGGUGCUUUCUUAGCCAGUAGUUGGCAGGAGUGAAGCCAGCGUGUGGCCCCUGGGUGCGGGGUGUGGUUAACCGUCACCAUUCCGACCAGGCUCAGGCGGGGACAUUGAGGAA